CGAGCUUUCUCCGGUGGCCAUUUACAAGUCAACCGUCGUCAACACGGUAUCAGCUCCCAGACCUUCAAAGCGCAUGUUGCCGUUGGAUCGUGGUCCCUGCAAGUCAUAUCUACAAUUCCUAACAAUGUACAAUUUGUCACCCUCGGGUGA